UUCCGCAGUUUAUAAAGCGUCGCCACGUUUCGCCCGCUGCCUCUGCGGAUCAGCUCUGCACAUCACAGCAUACCGGCUCAGCUUCAGCCCAAACACCGCUUACACACAGAAAAUGUCGUCCACUAAGGAGAAGCUGAUUGCCCACGUGAGCACCGAGCAGCCAGUGGGCUGCACCAACAAAGUGACUGUGGUUGGUGUUGGCAUGGUGGGCAUGGCCUCUGCCAUCAGCAUCCUGCUCAAGGAUCUUGCUGAUGAGUUGGCCCUGGUUGAUGUGAUGGAGGAUAAGUUGAAGGGAGAGGCUAUGGACCUACAGCAUGGCAGUCUCUUCCUCAAGACUCAUAAAAUUGUGGCUGACAAAGACUACAGUGUGACUGCCAACUCAAAGGUCGUGGUGGUGACCGCUGGGGCUCGCCAACAGGAGGGAGAGAGCAGGCUGAACCUGGUGCAGAGGAAUGUCAACAUCUUUAAGUUCAUCAUUCCCAACAUUGUAAAGUACAGCCCCAACUGUAUCAUCCUGGUGGUUUCCAACCCAGUUGAUAUCCUGACCUAUGUGGCAUGGAAGCUGAGUGGCCUUCCCAGGAACCGUGUGAUUGGUAGCGGUACCAACCUGGACUCUGCUCGGUUUCGCUUCCUGAUGGGUGAGAAACUGGGUUUGCACCCGUCCAGCUGCCACAGCUGGGUGAUUGGAGAGCAUGGAGACUCCAGCGUGCCUGUAUGGAGUGGUGUGAACGUAGCUGGUGUUUCCUUGCAGAGCCUCAACCCAGACAUGGGUACAGACAAGGACAAGGAGGAUUGGAAGAGUGUCCACAAAAUGGUGGUCGACAGUGCUUAUGAAGUCAUCAAGCUGAAGGGCUACACAUCCUGGGCUAUCGGUAUGUCUGUAGCUGACCUGUGUGAGAGCAUCUUGAAGAACCUACACAAAUGCCACCCAGUGUCCACCCUGGUCAAGGGAAUGCAUGGUGUGACUGAGGAAGUUUUCCUGAGCGUGCCCUGCAUCCUGGGUAGCAGCGGCCUGACCGACGUGGUGAAGAUGACCCUGAAACCAGAUGAGGAGAAGCAGCUGGUAAAGAGUGCUGAAACCUUGUGGGGUGUGCAGAAAGAGCUGACCUUAUGAACUGUAGCCUCUCCCUAAACGCAGCCCUGCUUCAGUGAUGCCCCAAGAGAUCUCAUACUUUCCCUGUCCCAGUCCUCAUCUGAGGUCUCCAAGCAGACCUUAACACUCCUUGCUGUAACUUUAGAGGAGGAUAGGUAUUUGUUGUCUUGACUGUAUUGAGUAAUGUAUUCUAGUCUUUUGUGAAGUUGAAUGUGCGCAUAGGUGUUAGUGUCAUUCAUGUUGUCCUUUGUACUCCUGAUUUUCAAAAGAACCGCACGGAUGGUCAGCCAGUUUGGGUUUCUGUACGGUACAAGCGUGCAGGCAUUCCAUCCCACUUUCUUCCCAAUUUAAAAAGUCAACAAAAGGCACCGUCUGUGAAACCAAAGCUGUAUUGUAUGUUUAGUGAAAUGCCAGCACCUGUAUUAAGGAAGGUGUGCACCAACUCCCUUCUGUUGAACUCCACAUACAAAGGUGAGAAUGAGACUAUUGUCAGUGGUGGUAAACUAAACAAGUGGUAAACCAAUCCCAGAGACCCAAAUGGCAUUGUUGCGGCUUAUUCGAACCUCUGGCAGCAUAUCCAUGAAAGUUCAAGUAUGUUUGAAAUGGGCUGUUCUUGCUACAUUCAAACCUUCAUCUAUUUUGUGAUGUGUGCACAUUCUCAUCUGACAAGCUUUUGUAUAUUUAUUCCUCUGAACUGUAAUGUGCUCCUGUGAAAGGGCAUUCCUAGUGGCAUUUUACUCAGAGCUCUAAGUGGAACCUGAUGUUGCAGCUGUCCAGCAUUUCACUGCGAACUCCUUUCACUUCCAAAUAAAGGAUUAACUGUACAAAAACCCA